AGAUCGUACGUCUGCUGAUCGUCAUUUAAUGUGCAUAGCAAAUUGCCAAGAAUUCAGUCGUCUUUUGACUUUUGAGCGGAUAACUACCAAAUCAAAAAGGAUCACAGUGCAUUGAGCUACAAACAAAAGGAGCACCAACAGCAAGCCCCCAGAGAGUGACACUCAACAACAACAAACAAGCGUUAACCCCAAAGUAAUUUGGAUCGAUUUGAAUUUUCCUGUGCUGAACGGUGCAAAGAAAACCGUUUUCCGAUGUCGAAUAAUUCGCCAAUACACACAAACUCUGACCUGAUAUAAACAGGCAAAAAAGCAGGUAACCAAUAAAAAAAUACUAGUGUGUGUCAAACAACAACAACAGCAGCAAUUAGAACAACACCAACAAAAGUAAAGGGUGUUGUUUUUUCGUUUCCGUUUCGUUUUUCGAAAAUUGUAUCAGUUUCGUUUUACGUUUUAAUUUCUUUGUUUUCAAUUCGUUUCGGUUAAUUUCGUGCUUUGUGUAAUAAAAUAUUAAAAAAUAUAACAAAAAAAAAACACAAAAAAGUUCCAAAGCAAAAAUUCAAACAAAAAAAAACAAAUCACGUGCAAUUAAAAAAAUUACUGAAAACACAACAAAAAACAAGUUUCACAUAGUAAACAAACAAGUGAGUCAUUGGAAUCAAAUAAGUGGAAAAGGCAAAAAGCAAAAAGACUUAAGUGAAGCCAGAGACUUCCAGUCACAUAAAUCUUGUAGACUACCUACCGUGCAUACUCUCACGCUCUUAUAUUAUAUAUAGACAGCUAAACGCUUGUAGCGUCGAUCAGUUGCAUUCGAUCGUGUGUCGAGAAACGUGCGUUUAGCGCGUUGAAAAGAGCAAAAACAAACUUUUAUAAUUAAUUUAAUCACGUUUUCUGUACAAGAAAUAAACAAUAUAGAAUUGUUGCGUCUUAACGGUGAACACAAACAACAAUCUGAAGAAACAAAGAAUUUAAUUUAUCCGGGCUUUGGCCGUUGUAUGGAGCUUUCUAAACAACCAUCGUAUUUUGGAGACGAGCCGGACCUCCUGUUCAAAAGCGCACAGGGCCGGAAUAGUCUAUUUUCAACGUGUAACGGUGCUGCAGCCGCCUCCAACGCCGCUCCAGCAACCGCUGCCGCUACAGCUACCGCUAUUCCAUUAACAAAUAACGCAACAGCCAAAAUUAAUCUAGAAACCUCAUUAAAUGAUUGCGAAAGUGGCUACGUGCCAACGGUUGGCCGUUGGGGCGCCGAAUGGCCAAGUUGACUCGCCGAAGCCAGCCUGGUGCGAUGUGGCGCCGCCGCCGCAGCAAGCACAACAGCUGUUGAAGCGGCUGUUGUUGUGGGCGCCGGCGCCGAUGCCGGUCUAUCGGCGGGUGCGGUACGAGUUGGAUUGACUACGAACACCGUUCCUGUUCAAGAUAGACCACAAAACAACAACAACGGCCAACGAAUUGUUGUCACCCAACAGCAGCAAUGCAACGUGGACGUGGACAACAAGGCGUGGUCGUCGGACAACCACCAUGAUGUUGAUGAAAGCCAUGUGGAUGAUGACAACGACACUGGUGGACGACGCGUUACAAAUGGUUAUGAUACAGUUGCAGGUGCAACCGCUGUUGCAGCAACAACAAUUGACAGUAAAAUCAAUCAUGUUGAGCACAACAUGGAUGCUGUUGUGGCCGGUGCCAUUGCAUUUGACCCAUCCGUUACGGUUGGAAACAUUGACAAAGUGGAUAAUGUGACAUCGUGUGCAUCAAUGGAACGCUGCUCGAAUAUACGUAAACUACUCGAGGAGCAGCACCGCAAAUGGUGGCGCAACCAAAUGCACGGUCAACAAGAGUGGUGGGCCGAUGAAGAUAGCUACAAUUUAACUGCAUUCAAUCAAAUCAAUGGAAUCUGGCCACUGGGACAUCCGUUGCCAUUGCCUGAUUGGGCAGCCGGCUGUGAUGAUGAACACACCAAAGGCGUGCUGCAUUUCGAUUCGGUUUGGGAAUAUGAAGAUUUAAAUGCGAUUAUUGAGACGAAAUUACAUCGUAUGCUCGAGGAGACACAUUACGAUACCGUUAAUCUAUUCGUAGAUUUUUAUCGCGCCUUCAAGCGUACACGUCGCUCAGAUCUGAAGUCGUUCUUCCAGUUCUAUGACUUGCCCAUCAAUAGGCGCCAUCACAUGUGUGUCUCAUUGGCUAUGGAGAUAAUGACACGCAUCAUUGAGAUCUUUCCAGUCUUACAACACUAUUUGUAUUUGGUUUCGUGCGAGGAGCAGGUCAUGUCGCAAAGUGACUACAUUGAGAGUACUGAUGAAGUAGGUGGUUUGAAUUCGCCGCAUGCCAACGUAGAAAAAGAACACGCUAUGGUGGCAAUGAAGAUUUCGAUUGCUGGACGUGAAGGUGUUAUGAUAUUGGAUCCCGGUUAUCAUAUUGGACGUGCUGUUACCGUAAUGUCCGAUCAAAUGUACCCACAUACAGGUUGGUUUACACAGUCGAAAGAACCACGUCUGCAACGUGACUAUUGCUACAACUAUUGUCUGCAUAGCAAGAAGUUCGUCGAAUGGAUGGAACGUGAAACACGCGGCGAUGAGCAAUCAUACAAAUCAUCACUCAUCUAUGUGGAACAGCCCUAUGUGACGGCGAUCGAUGUGACAGUACGUCGUAAUCUGGCGUAUAACUUCCGCUCGUUGUUGUCGCGUGACGCGAAAGGACGCGUCUUUGCGGGUAUUUACCUACCGGUUGUGCCGAAUAGCAACGAAUCGCAUUUCACGCUAUUCUAUGAUGGACCGAAUGAUCAACGCAUAAAAGUGAAAUUCAUGUUCAAUGUUUUCAAGAACCCAGGAAAGAUUCCAGAUAAUGUGCAACAACAUUUGAACAAACUGGCACCGCAGUUAAAUAUGAAAGAGAAGGCGCUCACCGAACUCUGUAAAUCCUUAGCCGAUGUCAUACACGAUCAGGAUUUCAUACAACAAUUAUUGUCUAUCAAUGAGGAUAUCGGCCUUAUGUCAGCAGAAAAUUGACAAUUAAAGAAUAAAAAGGUCGAUGCAAAUCUAAAGUGUGUUGAUGAAAGCAAAUCACCAAAGGCGAAUGGCACGACAACCAUAACAACGUCAACGGAGGGUGGUCGUACGAGUUCGUGUUCGAGCUCGGCAUAAACUUAUAUAUUUUAUCUGCAACUUAAUUAUUUUUCAUUUCACACUUAUAAAAAAGUUAAAGUAUAACAAAAGUAAAAAAAAAAAUAUACAAAAAUAUAUAAGCAACAAUUCUUCAUAAUGCACUUAGAUGAAACAACAAAAUUAAAGCAUGAAAAAUUAAGUAUAUAAACAUAUACGGGGUUAAUAGUUUACUGGUAGUUUGACAACAUUUAUUCUUAACUUAAAACAAAAACAAAAAAUUAUUCCACAUACAUAUAAACAAGUUAACUCUAAUGAAAAUAUUAUGUACUACAUACAUACUAUAUGCGCAAUACUUGAAAAACAAAAGUCAAGCUUUAGAGACUUAUUUAACACUAUAUACACGAACAUUAGUAUGUUACAAUUUGUAUACACACAGCUAAAAUAUUUUUGUCAAUAUUUUAUUAGUUACUUUUCAUUUAACUACUGCUUAACCAACCGCGGAUAUCAUGUCUAGCUACGCUAGUUUUAACCACUUAAAUAUAUCAAAACAAAAAAUUGUAGCAAUUGUAAAAUGCGUGUUGCGCACAAUUUAGCAAGUUAUUAAUAUUUAAUAUAUAUGCAAAAUUUUAACAUAAACAAAUACUAAUUGCAAGCGUAUUAUGCGUAAACAGCAAUACAUACAUAUAUGUAUAGGACAAAUGUUACGUGAUGAUACUUUUAGACGCAAGCUUGUAGCCGCAUAGCAUACACUUAAACACAUGAGGACAUGAUAUUCCCAAAUAGUAAAUGAAUUUUUGUGACUCACCACUAGACUCUACAUUUUCAUCCACCCGCUAUAAUAUUAUAUAUUAUUAUUGUAAUGUUCAUUCUUUAAUUUAGUGUUUUCAAUUAAAGGCGAAAAUAAGCAGCGAAGCGUAGGAAGAAUGUGGAAGUUUAUUGUUUAAAAAAAUAUUCAAGUCCAUAUAUUUAAAACACUUAUGUAACGUAGCUUAUAUACAUAUAUAUAUUCUAUGCACGAAAUAAACUUUACUUUGACAAAA